AUGAGAGUGUAUGGGUACGCCCUUUGGAUGCCGACAGUGGCGCCCCAACCGACGUGUCCCCCGGGACUGGAGUACCUGACCCUGCUAGACGAGGUGAUCGUUCAACAAGAGGUCGAGUUGUUGGAGAUUAUGCUCCAGUUCGAGACUGAGAACUCUUACACUAUCUAUAACAAGGCCAACCAAAAAUGUUACUACGCAUUCGAAAAGUCUAACUGUUGCGCUCGACAAUGGUGCGGGCCGAAUCGCUGUUUUGAAAUCAUUGUGCAGGAUAAUUUUCAAAAGACUGUCUUCACGAUAUAUCGGCCCUACAAAUGCCUCAAGUGCGGCUCGUGUGUUGCCUGGUGCAGCAUCUGUCAGGAUGAGGUACAGGUCACAGCACUAGAUGGAACUCGCCUAGGGAAGGCUCGUCAGAGGUGCUCAUGUUGUCGACCCCACUUCAUCAUCAUGGACCAGAACUCGAACCCCCAGUUUGAGAUUUGCGGCCCCUUCUGCCAGUUUACUUUAUGCUGCAAGUCGAUUCAGUUCAAGGUGAGGAGCGUACAGGAUGGCACCCAGAUUGGCGCCAUUUCGAAAUAUCGCGGGGAUUUCGCCAAGGAGGCCUUCAGUGAUGCUGACACAUUCGGCGUGACAUUUCCAAUUGAUUUGGAUGUCAGGUUAAAGGCGACUUUGAUUGGAUGCGUAUUUUUGAUUGAUUUUAUGUUCUUCGAAGACCCUCCAAAAAAAAAGGACAAAUAAUAACUCGACUGCUUGUGUUAGCGACCUGCUGGUGUUUAAACGUCGCACAACGUCUUGCAACGAUGUACUCACUACAGCAACAUUCUCCCAACACAGCUACAAGUUUAUUUACUCACAUUUAUAUGACAUCAUACAUUUAAGCCAUUUGUUUUGUAAAUAGUAUUUACAGAUGUAUUUUUUUACAGUUAAAAAACCGCCAAAAAGUUAAUCCCCGCCACCAUUAAAAGAUAAUUUUUUUGAAACUGGAUGUGAAACGCGCAAUUUUAGUUUCUAACCCUAACAUAAAUACAAACACAUAAACGCAAACCCUGGGUGCUGAUAAAUAGUUGUGUUUAUGGCGUGCGUUUAAAUAUUCAAAUGUCAACAUCAGAAAUAGGUCAAAGUUGCGUGCGUACAUUAAAUUAGAGCUCGCAAAAAGUGGCGGAGCUUAAUUUUUCACCCGUACAUUGCAUUAGUGGCGGGGCUUAUCUGGAAAAGAUCAUCAAAGACUUCAUAUUUCAUUAUUUGAAGAACAUUAA